CCAAGUGUCUAGCAAGGAUGGCAGAUCGGCUCUGACGGGCUGAUGAAAGUAGUUUGAUUCAUUGUAUUCGGCCUCGUAGGCUCUCAAAUGACUAAUGUUGGGCUGCUUGUGGUGUGGUUGAUGUGUCUGAGCCAGCACGUUAUUUUUAAAUGUCAGCGGAAGGUUACAUAAGACAAUAUGGCGGACGAAGUGGAAGAAAUGGAGAUUGAACCUGACGCUGUAAAAUAUCCCACUUGUUCAUUGAUACCAAGCUGCGCUAACAAUGUGAAUGAAGAUAUCAAGAAUACUGAAGAUGACGUUCGUCAAGAUCCUUCGUCCAAUGAUGUAGUCCCAAAGACAACGUCAUGUUGUCGACCUUUCUUCGGUAUUUCUUUUGCCAUUCUGUCCACGUUUGCUGUUGUAUUAACCAACUUGUUUGCGAAAUUGUGUAAACAAAUACCAGUGUUUGAGAUUGGACUCAUAAGGUUUAUGAUUCAACUGGCAAUCACAAUCCCAUUCGUGAUCCACGCAAAUGAUAAGAUUGUCUUUUCCCCAAAGAUAAUUGUAUAUCUGAUCUUGAGAGGAUUCACCGGUACUUCUGCUAUGCUAACACGACUUUACGCUGUACAGAACAUGCCAAUAGGUGAUGCUACAGUACUGAUGUUCACGACUCCUGUGUUUGUCGCCAUCUUUGGAAGAAUAUUCCUGAAAGAACCACUCCAUAGGAUCUACAUCUUUCUUUUACUUCUCUGUUUAGCUGGAGUUACAUUGAUUGCUCGACCUGUGUUCAUCUUUGGACAUCAAGUCACUACCGAAUAUGAAAAUAUUUGGUUACCUUCGCUUGUCGCUGUGAGUUCUUCUAUAUUUGGAGGGUUCUCGUUUAUUUUUGUUAAGCUUCUUAAGAAGCAUUUUAUCACAUCUUCAGUGAUCAUAUUCUACCAUGGUUUGGUCGGGCUCAUUUAUUCAAUAUGUGGUUCGUACUUUGACAGAGGAUUUCAGUUUCCUUUCUGUAAAAGUAUCGACUAUAUAUAUGCAAUUCUCGUCGGUGUUUUUGGAUAUUUAAUACAAGCAGCUUUGAAUGCUGCUCUUAAAUUUGAAAAAGCAGUUAUAGUUUCUUUGACCCGCACCUUAGGUAUUGUGUUUGGGUUUGUUGUACAAGUAUUAGUUUUUUCUCUUGUACCAAGUGGUUUGAGUUUUGGUGGGGCAGCAUUGAUCUCCCUGAGUAAUGUCAUUAUAUUAAUUUUCAAAUGGAAGAAAUCAAAACGGGAUAGGGAAGUUGAAUUUAGUGCCACUUAAUGAUAGCCCAGCACAUUAGGAAGUGGCCUAAUUAUAUCUCAGAAGAAAAUUUUUUGGCAAAAUGUGUACCCCUGCGUUGCACAAUUUUACAUUAUCUAAGGCAGAAAUUUCAAAUGUUAAUCUUAAGUUGAGUGGAACCUAAAUUAUGACAAAAGGAAACCCGAGGGGGAGGGGGGAGGGACUCCGGGGUAAAAGUAUCGGGUAUGCUCGUUAGAAAUUUUUUUUAUCCUAAAAGAUACCAAGAAAUGCCAAGUUCUAAAUUUCAAUUUUAACACCCUCCUAAAAGAUACUAAGUCUAUGUUUUUAACCCCUGAAAUACAGUGUAGGACGAGCAUACCCAAUACUUUUAACACGGGGUUACCCCUGGCAAGAAAAUUGCCUUCUUAUUGAUUGCUUUAAUUUUUUAAUUUUUUUCAAUGCUGACAUUUCACCUUGUUUUACUUUUAUGAGAAAAGGUGCAUUUUCUAUUAGGGGGAGUGCUGGGGCAUCAGAGGCAGGAGUCAGCAUAAAAAGUGGAAGUUUUGUCAGAGGAGGGUCAAAGCUUUUUAUUUUGUUGAAAGCUGGUUCCUUGGUGACUUAAUAAGAGGGUCAUGAAUUUCUCACUGAGUAAAAAGGGAAGGUACGGGCUAUAACCAUUUUUAAAAAGUUCAUUGUGAAUCUCCCAGCCCUCCUUUCCCUCCAAAUAAAAAACAUACCUUUUAUAAACAUAUUUUGAUUCGUAAUUUUUCUUGCAUGAGAACUACGUUAUACCAGCCUGCCUUGUCAUUCUCUAGUUCCCCUUCACCAGACUUUUUAGAUAUGCUUUUUAUGUAAUCAGUACUAACAGUAAAAUUUAAGAAACUGAUUUUUUAAAGUUAAAAACGAUUUAAGGCUGCAUUCAUAAUGUAUGGCAGAGGUAAUGUAAGCAAGGCUUGUAGCUUCUUCCAAAAAUUGUGCAUCCACCCAUUUUUCUGAUAAAAAUUUGCCCAUCCCCCCUUUUUCUUACCAAAAUUUUCCUGAUCCCCCCUCAAUUUCACCUGCCCCCCCUCCCCCCUCUACUAUACAUUGUGAAUGCAGCCCAAGAAUAUUAUUUAGCAUGAAUGUUUGAGAAAGCAAUAAUCAUUUUAAACUUUUAUAUGAGAAGAAAAUCUAUAUUUUAUAAGUAUCAAGUAGAGUGAAGUCAUUAAACCCAUGAAAUAGAUAUUAGACUAAUACACUGUGUUUUCUUUUGUGUCUAUUACACGUC